AUGGCAGCUCAGGGGGAAGAGACGCCGUCCUCCUCGGCAGCCGCAAUCGCAGCCCCAACGGCUCCCGCGGCCCAUCCCGAAGAGGCCGCGAACCCGGCCACCGGCCUCAUCGAUCCAGAUGACGGCGAAACCGAUUCCGCCAUCAACGUCUCCAUCCGCGACUCCCUCACAUCCAUUCGGUCUUCGCUGUUGAAUUUCGAAGACGAGUACGGACGCCUUUAUCACUCCCACUCCCGCGGCAGUGAAAAGUCCAACUUGAGCUGGGCCGUUGUCAUUAGUAACCAUGCACUCACAGAAUAUUUCUUUCCUCACGAUAACAUCGAGCAAGAUCGCUUGGACUUGCAGCACGAACUCUUUGUGAGGACUUUCAGAGGCCGCCUCUGCACCUGCCCAAAGUUCUACGGCGCCAAGAGAGUACUCGAUCUCGGAACAGGUACCGGCAUUUGGGCAUUGGAAUAUGCCGAAGAGCAUCCCGAGUCAGAGGUGAGAGGGUUGCAAUUGAUCAACUUUGUCAUCUCACGCUUGUCACUCACCACACCUCAGGUCAUUGGAGUCGACCUAAGCCCAGUACAACCGGACUUCAUGCCGCCGAAUUGCUCCUUCGAAAUCGACGACCUUGAGAAGCCGUGGACUUGGUCCAAAAGCUUCGACUUCAUCUUUUCCAGGACGCUAAACGGCAGCAUUCUGGAUCCAGUGAAAUUAGUCGAUAGCAUCUACAAGCAACUCGAGCCCGGUGGCUGGUUCGAAGCCCAAGAUGUCUGCAUGUCGGCCCAAAGCGACGACGACACGAUACCGGAGAACAGCUCGCUAGUACAGUGGGCCGACGAAGUCGUCGACGCGAUGGAGAAGAUUGGCCGCUCGCUCAAGCUUGCGAUGCAGUGGAAGCAGCUCCUCAUCGACCGCGGCUUCGAGGACGUCCAGGAGACCAUCUACAAGUGGCCGACCAACACGUGGCCCCGGGACAAGACGAUGAAGGACAUCGGCGGCUGGGGCCUGGCCAACCUCGACUCCUUCCUCGAGUCCGCGGCGCUCGGGACGCUGACGAACAUCAAGGGGUGGUCGAGGGAGGAAGUCCUCGUGCUGUGUUCGCAGGCGAGGAAGGAGAUGCGUGAUCCCAGGAUCCACGUCUGGUGGCCAGUUUACGUUGUGACUGCUCGCAAACCGGGGCUGCCGAUUCAGGCACCUCUGGAGUAA